GCGCGCAGCAACGCGCGAGCUACGAAGAGGUCGUUACUUUUUGGCCGUGGUCUGCAUUGUUUCUUUUUUCUAGGAUUCUCACUGAACUGGAUGGAUUAUCUUUCCUUGGAAUUACGGAAGACAACUCAAUUCUGAUCUGUUCACGUUUAAGCUGCAAAUUUUAUGCUAUACGAUAAGAUCUUAAUUUUAACUUAUUGAUAGUAUAUAUGAUCAUAUUCAUACAAUAACUCAUAAUCAAAUAAUUGUAUAUUCAUUUUGGCUAUACGAUAUAACCUUCCUCUGUCAUUCCAAAAACCGUAUAUAAUCAUAUUCGGCGAGGAAUAUAAUUUCAUAUUUGUAUUCUAUUCAUUAUAUCGUGUUUGUAUGCUACAACACACGUACUUUAUGUAUUUACAGGAUCUAUUCAGAUCUCUACCCAAUAUCUAGAAAUAUAUAUAAUUGUGUAUGACAAAGCACUGUACUCAUUAUUCCACAUACUUUCAUUAAAAUCGUAUUUGGAUAAUAUAACUCACUUAAAUUCUGGGAUCACCUGUCCAAUUCGGUGAGUCUGUCAUACGUUUAUUUAUUUAUUUUUUUUUAUGACAGUAUAUUUUGUCACCACUAAUACCUUCCUGCUAUUCUUAUCCAUUGUUUUUCUACACUUUCACCGAUCCUCUCGAUACAUCCACCCUUGUGUUAAGCAUAGGUUUUGAUUAGACUUCAGUCCUCGACAUUGAUUUUUUCUUUCUUUCAUCUCUAUUUCCAAUAUUUUGUUCAAUCCGCCUGCUAUACGUCACUUUUUUAUCAUGCAACAAAAGAAAAUAAAGGCCCCUGCUUGUAGGCGUCCAGCCAAACGUAGGAAAACUACGCAAUCUAAAAUUGCUACUGACAGUUUCAAUGAGACAAGCUACUCUGUUCAUCCGGAAGCAGACAAGCUUUUACCAGUUGUUUCCAUUCCAGACGUGUUGAAGACUCUGUUGGUAAAUAAUGAUGAUAAUCGCAACUGCAACCAUACGAAUGAUAUAAAAAGGCUGCAAGUUGACAUGAACAUUCUCAAUCCGCUCAAGUAUCUCAUCAACCCUAAUCUCACAGAGACUCCAGAUCAAAUGAAUGACAUCAAUAACUUCUUAGAUCGUGUUGCAUCAGAGGUAUUUGAAAGAGUUAGACGAUCUAGCAAUGCAAUUGUGUUUAAUAUACCGGACUCUUAUGCCCUUAAAAAUAUCAAAACUAGUCUGCUCAGAGCCAGCAAUAUGACACACGUACCAUGUGUAUGCUCAAGAUUAAAAAGAAGUCACCCUGAUAUGCACCCACCGAUCUUGUUCAAAUUCAACUCAUCUGUAGACGCUGGUGAGUUUUUAAAUUCCUCUAAUUCAUUGAAACAGAAUUUCAAAGAUAUUAAGAUUCUACCAGAUAGAACACCAUGCCAACGAAAAGCAGGCCGAGACAACCACAGACUACCAGCAUCAAACACCCAAGCGUAUCAUAAUCCUAAAGGUCAUAAAAUUAAGUCCGAUCUUAAGCAGACAUCUAACUUUACGAAUAUGCAACCACCGGAAAACUCUCCUGAAUCUCCUAAUGUUCAAAGCCCAAAAGAAAGUAGUCCCAAUGCAGGUGAUGCCCAUCCUUUUAAGAAUGUUGACUUAGAUUCUACCCUAAGUAGUUGUACUGAUUUCGAAUGGGAUAACACAGUCCAAGUCGCUGUUAGUGCAAAAACCAGUUUUAGUGACUGUGCAACGGAUAACUGGAAAACUGGUCAUAAAAUUUAUCUGCCUGACCACACUCUUAACGUCGAUAUACUCGAGCCUAGCAAACCAUCUCAAGCAUCUUUAACAACACACGACCCCCCUCAAAUUACGAAGGAGCCAAAAUCAACCACAAACCUUGGAAAUAAGAGUUUAGAACAUGUUCCCUAUACGUCAGGUAUAAAUAGCAAUGUAAAUUGUAAACGGCCACUUGGUCGCACACAUAGACCUGAUAGUCUUCUUGGUCCGGCUCCCAAUGUUAAUACUAUUCCUUUACCAAAUGUUAUAUCCAAUAACAGUGAGAAGACUUUUUUUGUACUUCCGCCGGCUUUUCUGCCGGCAACAAUACACAUACUUCAAAUGAUGACAAAGUUGUUGAAUCUAUUUCCGAUCGCAACACAACUCUCACCUUAGCCAAUCCUACCAGUAUUCAUGUAAAUACCGAUUGUGAUUUAUACUCCAACCUGAUUCACCAUGGUAAAUCUCAAUUUCUUAUUCUUUCGUUCAAUUCCCGCUCUCUGCCCAAUAAAAUUACUCACCUCAAAACCCUUUUAUUACUUGUAAAUCCAACUAUCGUUCUUAUUACGGAAACGUGGUGCAAUUCAUCUGUAUCCGAUCACUCCCUGCAUAUAGAUAACUAUGUUUUCUUUAGAACCGACAGAUGUAAUGGAUUAGGGGGCGGUACACUUAUCUAUGUCCGUUCGGAUAUUCAGGCCUGCAAAUUUGAGGAUAAAUCCCUUAAUGCUAUAGAUGACUCCACCUGGGUGACUGUAAACUGUGGAUCUCGGAAUUAUCUACUGGUGGGAUGCAUAUACAGACCACCACAUGCAGAUUCUAUGUUUGACAGAUUACUAACAAACAUCUUUUCCAUUGCUUCACACCAACCGCAUACUUUUGAAAUCAUCGGAGGUGAUUUUAAUCUGCCAAACAUCACAUGGGAUUCGACUCCGGUUUCAGGCCGACAUGACAAAUUAGUUGAAACGCUAGAACUUUAUGGAUGGGUCCAACAGGUUCGACAACCGACUAGAAGGAAUAAUAUACUUGAUUUACUAUUUACAAUCAACAUAGAUUCUAUCUCAGUGCAUAUCGGUCAGGAAUUUUUUAAGAGUGAUCACAGAGUAAUAUUGUGUAUCAUUCAUUCUUUCGAUGCCAUACAAUUGAACUCUAAAGCUGGAAUGAUGUACAAGAGUAGACAUUUUGAUCAACAAACCUGGAAACGGACUGAAAGUCUUAUUCGUUGUUUGCCAUGGGAAACUUAUUUCACCACAAAUAAUAUUGACAUUGCGAUCUCUGAUCUAUACCACAACUUGAUACACUGCCUUGACUGCACUGCUCCAAUUAUUAGCCAUGUGGCUUAUAACGCCAAUAGGGGCCAUAAUAAUUUUAAAACUUUUAAAAGAAAACUGAGGAAAUUAAAACACCGUUACCACAAGCAUAAUAACUUGUAUACACUACAGAGUAUACUUAAGUUAAUUGACAAGAGUGCUUCAUCUAAACGCAAGUAUUUUAUAAAUAUAGAAAAUAAAGCCCUAGGUAAUAAGAACCCAGAAUUAUCAUUACUUCGGCUUUUUAAAUCGCGUGUGAAGUCAAAUUCUCUUGGCAUGACCAAAUUCUUCAUAGUUAACGGAAGAAUUAUUGAUGACCCCGAUAUUAUUUGCGAAGAAUUCAGUCAGUAUUUCUCGCAGUGCUAUAACGCUAGAACUGAAAGCUGUAUCAAUACAUUUCCAAUGCUGACGUGCAGACACCUGUCGAAAAUUGAUUUUGUACCCUCCAACAUCAAGCAGGCCAUAACUGCCUUGAAAAAGUCCUAUGACGGUGGACCUGACGGGAUUCCCUCAUCAUUUGUGAAAUACGGUAGUAGAGAAUUCCCAUUAUUUUGUCUAAAACUUUUCAACCUAUCUAUGGAAUAUGGGGCCUAUCCAUCUGCAUGGAAAACAUCUCUUAUCACUCCCAGAUUCAAAACCGGAUCGCGCAGUGAUAUUGCUAACUACAGACCAAUUAAUUUGACAUCCGUGCUGUCAAGAACUAUGGAAAAAAUAGUCCACAAACAGUUAUUAUCAUUUUUGCUUUCGGCUAAUCUGAUCAGCCCAUCCCAACACGGGUUUAUGACCAAACGCUCCUGCUUCACAUCGCAUCUGGAAUUUUUUGAUCAAAUUACCCAGAGAAGAGAUGUUGGUCAGUCUGUGAUAAUUUUGUACUUCGACUUUAGUAAGGCCUUCGACAGCGUCCCACACAAGCUUCUUCUUCUAAAACUCUCUUCAUAUGGAAUACGGAAUCCCCUUUUAUCUUGGCUCAAGUCAUUUUUAGAAGAACGUAGCCAAAUUGUCUGCUUUGGAUCCUGCUACUCCAAACCUGUGAAUGUAACCAGUGGGGUUAUACAAGGAAGUGUAAUUGGUCCAUUACUAUUUCUCCUUUUUAUCAACGACGUUUGUUCCCUCUUUCAAUAUGGUAAACCUUUUCUUUUUGCCGAUGAUCUAAAAGUGGUUUAUUCAUUCUCAUCUCCCACAGAAGAAAGCUAUAUUUCAACAGUAAUCCAAGAAGAAAUAAACAGGUUGUACGAAUGGACUAUUUCGUGGAAUUUGCCACUUAAUGUUGACAAAAGUGGAUUUAUUAACAUUGGCCGUUGCCUUAACUUAAAUCUGGCUAUACACAAAUAUACACUGAAACCUCUCAACACUGUUCGUGACUUGGGUUUAAGAUACAGCGACAGUUUGAACUUUUCGGAACACAUUGCAUCUCAAGUAUCCAAAGCUAGAAAGCUCAUCGGAUUCAUAAUGAUUAAUUUCAAUAAUACCGAAUCGAGAUUAUUAUUAUACAGAAAAUGUAUCUUACCAAUUCUUGAAUAUGGUAUCUUAGUUUACAGUAACUGCAGGCAUAAUGACCUGAUUAAAAUUGAAGGUGUUCAAAGAAGGUUCACCAAAGCUGUUUUGGGGUAUUCUGACAACAAAGACUAUCACCAAAGAUGUCAACAACUCAAACUAGAACCUCUCUGGAUCAGGCGUAUCAAACUAAACCUUAUUUUUCUCUACCGGCUUCUUAACGGUAUUUCUUACUCUUCGCUAUCUACCCCAUCAUACUCUAUGAUACCGUCCCACAAUCUACGCAAUAAGGAAAAUAUUAUAGCGAUUCCAAAAACCCAAACAAAUUUACGCCAGAAUUUUUUCGUUAUUCGCUACUCAACCAUCUGGAAUAGACUACCAAUGAACCUCCGAUGCAGUGAAACUAUAAUCCGGUUCCGAAGUCUUCUUGAUGACUUUCUUUCCGAAAGUGGAUUGUGUCACCUUUUGAAUAUUAACGUGCUUAACAACGAUUUAUACAAAAAUGGUCCGUCAUCUAUCUAACUGACUGAAAAGCAAAGUAAAACCUUUGAAACUUUUCACGUCUAUUUCACUUUAUUUUAUAUUUAUCUGAAUAUACAAAGUCUGCUUAUAUUUGCAUUUAUAAUUAUUACUGUUAUUAAUAUCAUUAUUGGUCAUUCGACACAUUAGAUAUUCUUUUCAUCUCUUCUUGUCCUUGUAAACAUAUUUUAUCCAAAGUCUACAAUGAAAAACAAAAAACCCCUAUGUUCCACUUAAAUAAUUUUUUUUUUUUUCCAAAAUAUUCACAACAUAUAACGUAUAAAAAUUUAUAUUUCAUUAUUCUUUGCAAUCAAUUAUGACUAUGAUAGCAUCAUUCUAAAUUAUUAUUAUUGCACUAAUGUUUAUACAACAACCCGGUUUCACUCUGUAUACUGUUACAUAAAUCUACACGUAUUUAUCCGUAAGGGUUUAUUAUUGUUGUUAUUAUUAUUAUUAUUACUUUAAAAUUAUUCGUUUAUCUCAAAAGUCUAUAUCCAUUACACUAUUAUGAUCAUUGUUGAACCUUUUCACUAUGUGUUCAUUUCUUUUCUCUCUCUCGCUCUCUUUUUUCCUUCUAAAUAAAUAUUAUUCUUAAGAUUAAGAAGCUUUGGAUUGAGACAAUAACUUGUGUUACAUUGAAUUCAACUUAUCACACUCGUUUUAUCUUCACUAUGUAUAUACACCUCAUAAAUAUUGAUUAUCUUUUGCACUUAAUUGAGACUUUCAUAGCAUCACCCAAAACUAUGACUGUGCUUGCACGAACACUUAUUCUAACGUCAUAUCUUACCGCAAUAAUAAGUUAUUUACUUAUUAAUUUAUUCUGUUUUAUUUCAUUUUUAUUACUCGUUUUUGCUAUACAUACAUAGUUGUUUAUUCUUGUUCUGCGUUAAGAUAUUUGCGUCUCCCGCGUCUCCUUUAUUUCUAUUUCCUUAGUUUCUUCCUUUCCUCCUUCAAAAUCAAUUCAAAAUUCUUGCUAAUUACACAGAACCUCAUUUAUUAUUACUAUUCUAUUAUUAAUAUUUUAUUUUCCUUUUCCUUCCUUUCUCAAACGUGGCAUAUGUAUUGUUAACAUUACUGAAAAUUGUGUAUUAUUGCAUUUUUGAAGAAACCCGAAAUGGUUUCUUCACAGCACUUAUGUACCCAUAAAGUGUUUGUGAAUAAUAAUAAUAAUAAUAAUAACACUAUCAUGCAU